AUGACUGCCGACCACAACCUUCCCAACGGCUCUGCCUCUCACACCACCGCAAAUGGCAUUAACGGUCACGCCGCAGGGCGCCCUCGGCCGCGGGAGCCCAUCGCCAUCAUCGGCAUGAGCGCCAAGUUUGGAGGGUCUGCCAGCAGUCCUUCCAAGCUUUGGGACAUGGUUAGGGAUGGGAAGAGCGCAUGGUCGCCAAUCCCGAAAGAUCGGUUCGAUGUCGACUCUUUCUACCACCCGGACAAAGACAGGCCGGGCAGGAACCAUGCUAGGGGAGGGUACUUCUUUCCCGGGGAUAUCGGACUCUUCGACGCAGGCUUCUUCAAUCUGUCGGCGGAUGCGGCCGGUGCCAUGGAUCCUCAACUUCGCCUGCUGAUGGAAUCCGUGUACGAAGCGUGGGAAGAUGCCUGCAUUCCCCUCGACAAGGUCGCCGGUUCCGAGACUUCGGUCUACACGGGCGUGUACGGCAAGGAUUACCACGAGCUGCAGACUCGGGAUCCCGAAGUGCUCCCGGCGGCGUUCCUGACGGGAAACGGCAUGGCCAUGAUGUCGAACCGGAUCUCGCACUUCUUCGACCUGCAGGGCGCGAGCAUGACCAUCGACACCGGCUGCUCUUCGGGACUCGUGGCGCUGCACCAAGCCUGCCACAGCCUCUUGGCCGGAGAGUCGGACAUGGCCGUCGUCGGCGGCACCGGCGUCAUCCUGAACCCGGAUAUGUACAUUGCCAUGUCGACCCUGGGCAUGGUCGGCGCGGACGGCAAGUGCUACGCCUGGGACGCCCGAGCGCAGGGAUACGGCCGGGGAGAGGGUGUUGCCGCCCUGAUCCUGAAGCCCCUGCGGGCGGCGUUGCGGGACGGCGACCAGGUGUACGGCGUCAUCCGCGAGACGGGCCUGAACCAGGACGGCCUGACCAAGACCAUCACGUCGCCGUCGGUCGAGUCCCAGAUCAAGCUGAUCGAAAAGUGCUACGGCCGCGCCGGCCUCGACCUGGCCGACACCGGCUACGUAGAGGCACACAUGACGGGCACGCGCGCCGGCGAUCUGGCCGAGGCGACCGCGCUGGCCAGGACCUUUGGCCGAGCUCGCAAGCCCGGGGACCCCGUGUACGUGGGAUCGGUCAAGACCAACGUCGGGCAUACCGAGGCCGUCAGCGGUCUGGCGGCCAUCAUCAAAACCCUCUUCGCCCUGAAGCACCGGGUGAUCCCGCCCAACAUCAACUACCAGACGCCCAAUCCCGAGAUCCCCCUGGAGGAGUGGAACCUGGCGGUGCCGACCUCGCUCGUCCCCUGGCCGGCGGACAAGGCGCUCCGUGCUUCGGUCAACAACUUCGGCUACGGCGGCGCCAACGCCCACGUCAUCCUCGAGGCGCCACCCGGAGAGUACGAGGAGAAGCGGCGUGCCAGAGCACCAAAAGGGCCGGCCGAGUCGGAGCAGAGCAGGAUCUUCCUGGUGAGCGGCAAGGACCAGGUGGCCACCAGCGGGCUGAUGGCCAACCUUGCCGCCUACGUCCGGGAGCUGCCGGACGACAGCACGCUCGGCGGGAUCGCGCGGACGCUGGACGAGGGCCGGACCCGGUUCCGCUGGCUCGCGGCCGUGCGGGCGCGCACCCGGGCGGAGCUGGCCGAGCGCCUCUCGCAGCCGUCGACGAAGCCGAAGCCGCAGCCGGCGCACGUCACGAGCGGCAAGCGGCCCCGGCUCGGGUUCGUCCUCAACGGACAGGGCGCGCAGUGGCACGCCAUGGGUCGCGAGCUGAUCGCGGCCUACCCCGUCUUCGGCGACGCGGUCCGGCGCGCCGACGCCGUGCUCCGGGGCCGCUACGGCGCCGACUGGUCCCUGCUCGAGGAGCUGAACCGGGACGCGAAGACGACCCGGGUCGGCGAGAUGGCCCUGAGCCAGCCCGUCACCAUCGCGCUCCAGCUCUGCCUGCUCGACCUGCUCGCCUCGUGGGACGUCCGGCCGUCCGCCUUCAGCAGCCACUCGAGCGGCGAGAUCGCGGCCGCGUACGCCGCCGGCGUGCUCACCUUCGAGGAGGCCCUGGGGGCGGGCUACUACCGCGGCCAGAUCCCGUCGCGCAGCAAGGAGCUCUCGGCCGUCCGCGGAGGCAUGCUGGCCGCCGGCGUCAGCCGGGAAGACGCGGCCAGGUUCAUCGCCGACACCAGGAGCGGCCGGGUCGUGGUCGCCUGCGUCAACUCGCCCGAGAGCGUCACCAUCUCGGGCGACAUCGAGGCCAUCGACGAGGUCGAGGCCCGCCUCAGGGCGGAGGAGCUCUUCGCCAGGAAGCUCAAGGUGCCGCUCGCGUACCACUCGCACCACAUGCGCCUCCUGGCGGACGAGUACACGGCCCGGCUCGUCGAGACGGUCAGGAGCCGGCCGGACGAGGGGUGGACGAGGCGGUACCGGUACGCGUCGCCCGUGACGGGCGACAUCGUCACCGACUCGGAGGCGCUCGGGCCCGAGUACUUUGUCCGCAACCUGACCAGCCCGGUCCUGUUCAGCGAGGCGUUCGACAAGAUGUGCUUCGGCGAGGACGGGACGGUCCAGGUCGACGUGGUCGUCGAGAUCGGAGCGCACGGCACGCUCGCCGGGCCGAUCCGGCAGAUCCUCAAGAGACGCGGAACGACCGAGCUCCCGUACGUGUCGACGCUCUCGCGCAACGUCGACGCCGUCGAGACGAUGCAGAACCUGGCCGUCGGCCUCCUGGAGCAGGGCUACCCGGUCGACCUGUCGGCCGUUAACGACCCCCUGGGCGCCGAGCCGGCCCUCGUGUACGACCUGCCCAAGUACGCGUGGAACCACACGACGCGCUACUGGACCGAGUCGCGCGUCAACCGCGAGAUCCGGUCCAGGAAGCACAAACCCCACGAGCUCCUGGGGAGCCUGCUCCCCGGCGACAACGGGCUGGCGCCGACGUGGCGCAACUUCCUCCGCCAGAACGGCUCCUCGUGGCUGGUGGACCACCAGAUCCAGGGCUACGUCGUCCUCCCGGGCGCCGGCUACGUCGCCAUGGCCGUGGAGGCGGUCAGGCAGCACCUCGGCGCCGGCGCCGGCGGCCCGGGGUCGGUGGGAGACAACGACGACGACGACGGCAUCACGGGCUUCCGGCUCCGCGACAUCGAGGUCCUCAACGCCCUGACCAUCCCGGACUCGAGCGCGGGCGUCGAGGUCCAGUUCAACCUGCGGCCGACCGAGAAGGACGACUGGUACGAGUUCCGGGUCUCGUCCCUGACCCUCUCCAACACCUGGACCGUCAACUGCACGGGCUUCAUCCGGGCCGAUACCGAGGAGUACUCCCCACUGCCGACCGUCAGCCCGGACAGCUUCUUCCACCCGGGCGCCAGGCGGGCCGACGUCGAGCCGGAGUCCCUGUGGGCGGACCUGCGCAGGAUGAGCAUGUACCACGGCCCCGUGUUCCGGCCGAUCAACAGCAUCAAGACGGCGCGCGACAAGGCGCUGACGUCCAUCACGCUCAAGCCGGUCGUCGAGGAGGCGCACGACUACGUGAUCCACCCGACCACGCUCGACGGCAUCUUCAUCGCCGCCUACAACGGCCUGCCGCGCAAGAUCCGCGACGCCUUCACCGUCGUGCCGCGCAGGAUCAAGGGCAUCACCAUCCGCCGCGACCUCCACCGCAGGGGCGGCCAGGACAUCGACUGCUUCUCGCAGGUCCACAGCGCCGACACCAGGGGGUUCGACGCCACCAUCGCCGUCACCAACACCAACGGCGGCAACGGAAGCGGCACGGGCGGUCGCGUUUCGCUGCUUGUCGACCACUUCUACGCCCAGGCCAUCCCCCGCGAGGGGGGCGACGACUCGGACGCCCAGCAGCAGCAGCCCGGCAUCAUCUCGAAACUGCAGUGGGAGCCCGACCUCACGUUCCCCGUCGUCCCGGCCAGGCCGGCCACCUCCGCGCAGCAACAACAACAACAACAACAACAACAACAACCCCUGGUCUUCCGGCCGGACGACAAGCAGGCCGACUUUGAGCGCAAGGCGCCGCGCGUGGCCUUCCACCUCAUCCACGACGCCGUGCGGGAGAUCGAGAAGACACCCGACCGCCUGAGCCCCAAGUACCGGGACCUGUUCGGGUGGAUGAAGGGCGUCGUGGCGACGGCGGCCAGGGGCGAGCUCGGCCCGCGGAGCGACACCUGGGCGCGCACCAGCAGCGGAACCAAGCAGCUGCUGAUCGACGACCUCAACGCCAAGCCCGUCCCCGCCGGCAGGCUCCUGGUCCGCGUAGGCGAGAAGCUGCCCCGGAUCCUCCGCGGCGAGGUCGACGACCGGGCCGUCGCCGAGCUCGUCAACGCCGACAACCUGCUGAGCCGGUACUACGUCGGCCACCCGACGCUCGAGGGCACGACGCUCAAGCAGAUCGCCAGGGUCGCCGAGCAGCUGGCCAUCGACCGCCCCGGCGCCACCGUGCUCGAGAUCGGCGCCGGCUCCGGCGUCGUCUCCAAGGCCGUGCUCGAGGCGUUCGGAGCCCGCCACGGCGCGGACGGCGCGAGGUCGGUGCUCGGGCACUACGACUUCACCGACAACAGCAACAACAACAGCAAUAAUAACAACAACAACAACAACAACAACAGCGGCAGCAGCUCGCAGCAGCAGCAGCUCUUCUUCGACGAGGCGGCUAAGAAGCUCGCCCCCUGGAGCGACCUCCUGACCUUCAAGGAGCUCGACAUCGGGGCGGACCCCGAGGAGCAAGGGUUCGCCGCGGCCAGCUACGACCUCGUCGUGGCCUCGCAGGCCCUCCACGACAAGGCGGUCCGCCGCGACGCCCUCCGCAACGUCAACAAGCUGCUCAAGCCGGGCGGCACCCUCCUCCUGGUCGAGACGACGCGGGACCCGGUCGAGCGCGAGCUCGUCUUCCGCGUCCUGCCCGGCGGCAAGAGCCCGACCCUCUCGGCGCGGGAGUGGGAAGAGAUCUUGCGCGAGACCGGCUUCACCGCCCCGCGGUUCCCGGUUGGUGGCGCCGACGACUCCGACGACGCUUCCAUCAGCAUUAUCCUGGCCAGCAAGGGGGCCGCCGCCCCGUCGUACCCGUCCUCCGUCUCCAUCGUGUACGCCGGCCGGGCGCCUCCUCCCGAGUCGUGGACGGAGCAGCUGAGCGAGGCGAUCCGGGCCAGGACCGGCGGGUCGUCGGUUGUUGCGGUCGAGAACCUGGACGAGCUCGAGGUCUCGCCGGAGACGGCGUACAUCUUCACGCCCGAGCUGCGGGCGCCCUUCACGGCCCGGCUGGACGAGGCCUCGUUCGAGAAGCUGAAGGCCUUCCUGCUCGACGCCCAGCUGAUCCUCUGGCUCAGCAGCGGCGGCCUCGUGGACGCCGACGAGCCGCUGGUCGGCGCCACCAACGGCCUGCUGCGCGUGCUGCGGCAGGAGGACGCCGGCAAGCGGAUCGCCCACCUCGACUUUGACCUUCCGCGGACCGCCGACGCCAACGGCGACGACAACCCCAACCCCUGGACGGCCGACAAGAUCGACUACAUCGUCGAGGUGUUCGAGCGGACCUUCGAGAAGGGCUUCGCGUCUGCCUAUCCCGACCACGACUGGGAGUACUCGGUCAAGAAGGACUCGGGCGUGUUCGUGCCGAGAGCCUAUCCCGUCCUGCAAGCUCGGGAUACCUCCGAUCUCCCCCCCCUGAAUCUGAACCGCGACGACGCGACCUAUCUCGUCAUCGGCGGCAUGGGCGGCAUCGGCCAGCACAUCGCCGCCUGGAUGAUGGAGAAGGGGGCCAGGAACGUGCUGAUCGUCUCGCGCGGCGCCGAGGCGAGCCCGGACGUGCCCUCCAUGAAGGCCAUGGCGGAGGCGGACGGGUGCAAGCUGGCGAUCCGGUCGUGCGACGUGACCGACGCGCGCGCCUUCGCCGACCUCCUCGCGUGGGCCGCCUCCUCCUCCGCCGGCGGCGGCGGCCUGCCCCCGAUCCGGGGCGUCGUCAACGCGGCCAUGGUGCUGCGGAACUCGGUCCUCGACCACAUGUCGUACGCCCUCUGGCGGUCCGGCAUCCGCGUCAAGGUCGACGGCAGCUCCAACGCCCACGCCCUGCUGCUGCCGCCGCCCGACCUCGACUUCUUCGUCCAGCUGUCCUCCGCCGUCGGCGUCCCCGGCCACCCGUCCCAGGCCCACUACGCGGCCGGGAACACGUUCCAGGACGCCCUGGCCCGCCACCGCGCCGUCCGCGGCCUGCCCGCCGUCACCCUCGACCUGACCGCCAUCGAGGGCGUCGGGUGGAUGGCCCAGCAGGGCGACGAGGAGGCCCAGCAGGAGGUCGUGCGGCGCAUCCGGAAGGUCGGCCUGUCGCCCGCGGGCAUCGACCUGGUCAUGGACCUGGUCGAGGCCGCCAUCCGCGACCCGCUGCGCGCCUCCGCCGCCGACAGCCAGGUCGUCGUCGGCCUGUCGACCUACGCGAGCAUCCCCGACGGGUCCGUGACCAAGGCGGACCGGCGGUUCGGCACGCUGCGGCUGGCGACGAAGCGGGCGGUGGCGGGGGCGGACGACGACGCCGCAGGGGGGGCUGCGGCGUCGGGGUCGGGCGGCGGCGGCAAGGACGGCGUCGCGGAGCUGCUUAGGGCGGCCGCGGACGGCAGCAUCAGCAGGGCCGAGGCGGCGCCCCUGGUCGUCGACGCCGUCGCCGCCAGGACGGCCGCCAUCUUCAACCUCGGCCGUGACGAGAUCGACGGCGGCCGCCCCCUGUCCGGCUACGGCGUCGACUCGCUCGUCGCCGUCGAGUUGCGCAACUGGCUCGUCGGCUGCCUCAAGGCCAAGGUCUCCAUCUUCGACAUCCUCCAGUCGCCCUCGCUCGACGACUUUGGCGCCCUCCUGGUCGAGAAGAGCGAGUUGCUCAAGGGGUUGGCUUAG